AUGGCGCUGGAUGGGUCAAGCGGCUAUGUUGCUGCCAGCAGCUUGGCUAAGCUUGCGGACACCGCCACACCUAUCUUCAAUGUCGAGAGGGUUCAACUGAAGUUCUCCAUUGGGGCGGACUUCGUUGCAGCGCAGGUCGCGAAUAAUGUUCUUAUUCUUGCUUUAGCCUCUGGAAGAAUUUUGCGGAUCGAUCUGGAUAAUGCAGAAGACAUUGAUGAUCCUUCAGCAUCGCAUCUUAUCAUUACGACUACGCUCGGUGAAAAUUAUUACCUCCACACUCAGUCGCAACAACCCAAAGCCCUUCCCCGGUUGAAGGGUGUAUCGAUCGAGAGCAUUGCGUGGAAUCCUUCUUUACCGACGGCUUCGACUAGAGAGAUAUUAGUUGGUGCGACAGAUGGGAAUGUGUAUGAAGUCUACAUCGAGCCUUUAUCGGAAUUCUACCGGCGUGACGAAAGGUAUGUCAAUUCCGUGUACAAAAUCCCUGGCUCGGCGGUCACAGGGAUUUGGGUGGGUUCAGUCCCAGGAAAGCAGGAUUACAGAAACAUAAUACUAUCAUCAACUGGGAAGAUAUUGUAUUUCAUGGGACGUGUGGGGAAACAUGGUAAAGAAGGCGGCAGCUCAAUAUAUGCGGACCUAUUUCAUAAGGAAAACCCUGUCGUUCAUGAGAUCUCAGUCUUAUCCCCGUCGGCGCCUUCACUACUUUCAAUCCAACCCGAUUCCCCAGAGGGUGAAUAUUGCGAUGAAUACGGCUAUGAAGAAACCACAGGAAAGCAGUUCGCAUGGCUCUCUUCUCAAGGGGUCUUGUACGGGACUGUGCCGACAUCUUCAUCACCCCCGGAACUAGGAAAUCGUGUUUUUGACAAGGCCAAAUUGUUGGCCAGAUCCGUUUUACCAGCAUCCGAGUCUGCCAGAGGAGGCCGAAAAUUGAUCCAGGACCCCAUUAAAGGGAUGACUUUGACACAGUGGCAUAUUUUGACCCUAGUCGAAGGUCGCAUUGUGGCAGUCAAUCGGCUCAGCGGGGAGAUUGUAUAUGAUCAGGUUGUUCUCGAGCCACGCGAGAGUGCUCUUGGCCUAGUGGCAGAUCAGAAGAAAAAUACAUAUUGGCUCUUCGCUGGCCAGGAAAUCUUUGAGAUUGCGGCCAAUGAUGAAGACAGGGAUGUAUGGAAAGUCUUUUUGAAAGAGCAGAAAUUCGAUGCUGCUCUGCGGUAUGCUCGUGGAUCGGCGCAGAAAGACGCUGUCGCAACAGCGUCUGGUGACUAUCUCGCGAGCAAGGGCCAGUAUCUUGAAGCUGCCUCGGUGUGGGGUAAGAGCAGCAAAAGUUUUGAGGAGGUCUGCCUCACAUUUAUGAAUGAAGGGAAAAACGAUGCUCUGAGAAAAUACCUUCUGACACUAAUGUCAACGUAUAAGAAAUCUGCAAUAAUGCAAAGGACGAUGAUUUCAAGUUGGCUUGUGGAAGUUUUCAUGUCCAAGCUCAACUCACUUGAAGACGCUAUUGCAACGAAAGCCGAGUUAGUCGAAGGGUCCAAUGCGGGGGAAUCUAAAGAUGCACUCAACGAUGUUCGUGUUGAAUUUCAGGACUUCGUUAAAAGAUAUAAAACCGACCUCGAUCCGAAAACUGUAUAUGAGAUUGUUGGUAGUCAUGGAAGAGAGGAGGAGCUGUUAUAUUUUGCGACCGUGACAAACGAUUACAAUUUUGUGCUCUCUUACUGGAUCCAACGAGAGAAAUGGACUGAGGCUCUGAAUGUGCUUAAGAAGCAGACGGACCCGGACGUUUUCUACAAAUAUAGCAGUGUCCUCAUGACGCAUGUUGCUACGGAUUUAGUUGAUAUAUUAAUGAGACAGAUCGUCCUAGACCCUCAGAAGCUCAUUCCUGCCCUUUUGAGUUACAACAAUACUACGAAUGUCCCACUCAGCCAAAACCAGGCCGUUCGAUAUCUGAACUUCAUAAUUGCAAACCAUCCGGACCCGUCAGCAGCAGUACACAACACGCUAAUUUCCAUACAUGCUGCCCACCCCUCUCCAUCGGAAACUGCGUUACUAACAUACCUCUCCUCUCAACCUUCAUCUCCACCACCAUAUGAUGCCGAUUUUGCUCUUCGCUUAUGCAUUCAGCAUAACCGUGUCCAGUCAUGCGUGCACAUCUAUACUACCAUGUGCCAAUAUCUGCAAGCUGUAGAGCUUGCUCUAAAGCACAAUGACAUUGAACUCGCCGCAUAUGUUGCCGAUCUGCCUGAGGGAAAUGACAAGCUUCGCAAGAAGCUCUGGCUCCUAGUAGCCGAGAAAAAAAUCCGCCAACCAGGUACCGGAAUCAAAGAUGCGAUUGAAUUUCUGCGCCGCUGCGAGCUUCUUCGUAUAGAAGACCUUAUCCCCUUCUUCCCUGAUUUUGUCGUCGUCGAUGAUUUCAAGGACGAGAUUUGUGCGGCGUUGGAAGACUACUCGCGACACAUCGAUUCAUUGCGGCAGGAAAUGGACAAUUCUGCACACACAGCAGAACAGAUACGAAACGAGAUUGCGGCCCUGGAUACCCGAUAUGCUAUUGUUGAACCUGGGGAAAAAUGUUGGAUAUGUUCCUUACCUGUGCUCAGUCGACAAUUUUUCGUCUUCCCAUGCCAACAUGCAUUCCACAGUGACUGCUUAGGGAAGAAAGUACUAGGUGCGGCUGGGUCCGGCAAGAGGAAACGUAUUCGUGAUCUGCAGAUCGAAAUGAGCAAGGAGACAAAUACUGGAGGAAUGAGGGAGAAGGUAAUACGCGAUUUGGAUGGGUUGAUCGCUGAAGCUUGCAUUCUCUGUGGUGAAUACGCGAUCAAGCAAAUCGACGAACCAUUCAUUAUACGUAAGUUUGUACCCAAGUCCUUCCCUUGA